GCGGCAAAAGCGCGUGUGUGUAAGGGAUGCUGAAUGAAAGCGUUUGUGAACACCUCGCCUCUUCCCCGCGUUCUCAUCCUGUUCAGCGUCUCUUCUCUCCCCGAAUUCUCCACUCCCUGAUCCAAAUCAACGCGAUCUCAUCAUAGACGAGGCACUACAAGUGCUCAUCCUUACUCCUCUAGAAACCUUCGCCACAUCAGUCGACCCCACGUUUUGAUUGCGGCUGGCUGCGAAGGUGAGCGAGGGGCAGGCGGCACAAAUGAAUCGGUUGGGCGGCAGUGGCACUGGCGGCGCCGAUGUGCCACCGCUGCAGCAUCAGCAGUUGGAGGAGGUGAUGGGCCACGGCGAUCCCAUGCUAGUGGCGAUGCGCAACAAUUACCGCCAGAGGAUAUUGGAGCAUGCAGAAAGGGUGGUAACUGCGAGAUUACAUAAAGGAUUGAGGGUACCUGAUGACUGGCAGCGGGGGCUGCCGGAGCUUGCUAGGCGGGUCGAGAAAGUCUUGUUUGAGAAACACCCAAACAAGAGGGAGUACUACAACAUGACGAAUGAACCAAUUCAGCCACAUUUCGAGUUUGCUGUCACGACCUCGCUUGCUCAGACUGAGAGGCAGAGAGCAUCUUCCACUGCCUAUGCUCGUGUCACCCAAGGGGAUACCCCCAACGAGCUUGUGAACACAGUACUAUCUCUGGCGAUAAACUCUAGUGAUGACCACUCAAAAGCGUCCAAUAGCAACUUGGCAAUCCAUGCACCUGUUAAGGAGGAGGUCUCAGAGGAACCAAAGUUCAGCUGUCCAUUCUGCUUCGAAGAGCUGGUCGAUGCGGCAUCGACUAUCUGCGGCCACAUCUUCUGCCACAAGUGCAUCGAGUUCUCCAUCCAGGCUCAGAGCAGGUGCCCUAGCUGCUGGAGGGGACUCACCAUGAACAGCUUCCACCGCGUCUACCUCCCUGCUACCAUGGACUAAACUGAUCCAGCCCUUCUCGUCGCUGCCAUCUGUCAUCCUAUCUGAACUAUACUUCACCGGGUUAUCUUUACCAUUGAACUUCUGGUACUCAGAAGGCGUGUUACUGAGCCCUUCUUGUCUGCAUCCGUCGCUUCUAAAUAAACCGUAGUCUCUUCCUGUGGGAAAUCGAAACAUGUGCUUUGUACCGUGAAAACAUAUUUUCUGAUCGUUAGAGGUAUAUUUGGUUGUUUGCGCGCUCUA